AUGCAUAUGGAUAAUGCAAUGCAGAAAAUAAGAAAGUGUGAAGAGGUGAAGACGGCCUCCUUCUCAACACAAAUUUAUUUAUUACACAUCAUCCACAAACACCUGUCCAUAUCUAUUCUAGAUCUGCCCGACAUGGUUGGAGUUGUCGAUGGUGGUCCUGGUUUAGGAGGAAUAGAUCGGGGUGACAAAGGAGUAGAUCUGGGCUAUCCGGUUUUGGAGUCGGAAUCUGUCUCUGAUCCAGAAUCCGAAUUGGAGGCAUGCUUUGCAGUUAUGGCAAAUUCAAUGGUAGUUUUGCCUGUAAUGACGAUUGUUACAGCGGCGGUGGAAGGAGCUCCGACGGGAACUUCAGGCUUUUCUUAUUCCGAUGAAGAACUAUCUUCUUCCUCCCAUUUUCCAACUGAAGUCUUGGUCAAAAUGCAGUAA